CAUUUCUGACUGGGGAACCAAGCUGGAGAUGUCAUAGAUCACCAACAUACAACCUUAAAUGCAAUAUUGUUGGCUUUAAUUGGCAUACAACAAAAAUGAUAGAAACAACACUCCCAACAACCUCAGUGUGUCCAAAUGAGAAUGGAAAUAUUCAAAUUGCAGCGCAAUGUGUUAGAGUAGAUUCCAUUAAGAGAUCCUAUGCAGAAGCAGUCAAAACUUGCGGAGAACUGCUAGGGCUGGUAGCAGGGCCUAUUGAUGAAAUUCAAACCACAAUCUUAGGGGUUUAUGCUCACAACUCUAGUAUUGGUUCUUUUUGGAUUGGAGUGAAGCAAACCAAUGGAGUCUGGCUGAAGGCUAAUGGUGAAAUCCUUUCAAAUUAUGAGGUUCAAAUUUUGAAUGAAGGGGAAUCUGGCGACUGUAUGAUAGCUGAUGAAUCUGCUGAUUUUAAACACAGAAUUGUAGAUUGCAACCUGAAGUUCUCACAUUUUUGUUCUGUCAGUCCUAAUUGUCCAUUUAACUACACCUGGGUACCAGAACUAGGCCGAACAUGUUUGAGAAUAGGAGAAUCUCCAGGAACUGUCAACUCUCGUGUUGAUUAUUUUUCAGGUGAAAAAUAUUGUGCCCGAAGUGGAGCAAGACUGUUUACUCCUCAUACAGCUCAUGAACUGGAUGCACUUAAGAAAUGGCUUCCUUCCAGGAGAGCAGAGUAUGAUACAGAUUUUGAUGUACUACUAGGUUGGAGAGGAAGAAGAAUAGGAAAUUACUCAACAUUUCGCUCACCAUUCUCGAUGAAAAAAUAUUCUCAGAACACUCUUGAACUCAUUUUUACAGAUAUUGAAGACAUUACAGAUGAAUGCUUCAGAAUUGGUCCAGCCUCUGAUAGCACUCCAAUAGCCAAAAGCAAUACAUGCAUAGACUUUACUAUUGUGAGAUAUAAAGCAACUAAGGAUCUACCUGAGCGCUGGGAUCCUGAUAUAAGAGCAUUGUGCCAAUUCACUGAAUGCUUGACAAAUAAUAACAAAGUGUGCAGAUUUCCUUUCCGUUACAAAGGUAGACUUCAUGACACUUGUAUAACUAUUGAUUCUGAUGUCCCAUGGUGUAGUCUUGCUACAGAUUAUAAAGGAAAUCAUAUAGAUAAUGAGGAGAACAGGGGAACUUGUCAACCUUCUUGUUUUGUUCAAAACUGUCCAGUUGGAUACUUUUUUCAUGAUAAUACUUGCAUUCAUAUAUCAGCAAGAACUUACCCAGAUAUAACAAGAAAUCUUAAUCAAGCAGAAACACAAUGUAAACAAAAAGGUGCAAGACUGUACCAACCAAGAGAUUACUCUAAUUUAGACAGUUUGAUAAACUUUGAAGAUGACUUUUUGAAGCCAGACUUUCCUUUGUUUUACUAUUAUUCAACCACCUCAUACAACAUCAUUGGGGCCUAUGCAAAAAGUGUAUUUCCCAGUUUAGAGAUUCAAUACAUGGAUGGAAGUAGAGCAUAUAUGAUUGAGAAAAAAAUACUGCUUCAAGGUUCUCUUAGAUCAACUACAAUCCCAAAUAUCAACAAAUACACUGGAAAGGCAUGUGUUAUGCUAGACACAAGGGGAUUACUCACAUUAGAACUCUGCAGUACCCAUUCUCCAACCUCAUAUCUAGCUUAUAUUUGUGAAUCCAAGACUAUUUACACAAUAGACACAGAGAAAAACUCAUCAUGUCACUUUCCCUUUAAAAUACCUGGUGAUGAUAAUCUGAUAACUUCUUGUGUCAUUAAUAAAACAUCUGACACUCCAUGGUGUCCUACAGAAGUUGAUGAGAAUGGAGUUAUGAAGCUAGAUAAAAUAGGGACAUGUACCGAUGAGCGAGAAAUAACUUACAAAGGGGAUGGUGAUGGAAGUGACUGUAUUUUCCCAUUUUCAUUUGACAGAAUCUGGUAUGAUAUUUGUACCUUUGGUGACAAAGAUGAAAUAUGGUGUCCAACAAAACUUAACCCAACCAAAGCAUUUGAUGAAAAAAUUGAUGAGUAUGCUUAUUGUACAGAGUUCAUGGGGUCUCCCAAUUCAGAAUGUUCUCCAAACUAUGAAAAGAUUAAUGGCACAUGUAUACGAGUUUCAGCCUUUGCUGAAAACUUUUAUGAUGCAUCAGCAAAGUGUGCUAAAGAAGGAGCUUUCCUUUUGACUAUAUUAGAUGAUACUCUUAUACCUUACAUUCAAAAGUACAUAGAAAUACUGUCAAAAACAAAAAUGUACUUUUUACCAAAAUAUUCCCCAGACUUGUCAUCUUACUGGGUUGGGGGAAGUGUCAUUGAUUUAACAUGGCGUUGGAUGUCCAAUGGUAAAAAUUUUACUCUUUACUCAGACUGGAAGGAUGGAGAGGAAAAUUCAGGAUGCUUAGAUACUUCCCUGUGUACUGAUAAUUACGGCUUAACUGUGGAGAGCAGCAAAUUUCAGUGGGUAGCCGAGGAUAAAUCAAAAAUGAAGCCAUACAUCUGCCAAUCUAAAUGUAGACUUGGUUACAAAUGGUAUCCUAACUUGAAGAAAUGCUUAAAAAUGAAAAGUCUGGGAGACGCAGUCUCAUUUAACACUGCUACUUACAAUUGUGCAAAAGAUCAUGCAAGGCUCACGUACUUUGAAAGUUGUGAUGAUUUGCCAGCUCUCUCUAAGGACAUCUGGAGAGUAAACCAUUCUCCUAUGGAUCAAUUUUGGGUUGGCAUGUUAGGAGGUGGACUUGAUAGCUACACCGCAAGAAGAAUUUCCAGAAAUCAGCGAACCGAGCUGAAAACUGUCUCUUCUAAUGGGUUUGCACCAGUUUUAGGCUGCCCCUGGAUCACUAACGUUGAUUUUUCUACCAAACCAUCCAAAGCUUUUCUUAGGUCCAUUUCCUCGGAUCCGUUAACUGCAAUAAUUGAUUUUAUUCCAGUAGAAGAAACUGAAGAAGUCAGUACAAAAGGCUUUAUUUGUGAAUUUGAGGAUUCUUGGACAUGUCCUGAUAAAUUUACAAUGUUCCAAGAAGAAUGCUUUCUGUUUGUUAAUGAGCCAAAACAAUUCACAGAGGCUCUAAUGAUUUGCAAUGCACAGAAAGGUCACCUGUUUGAACCACUGACUUUGAUACACUCUCAAUUCGUCAAUGAACUCAUUCAGCAAGAAUCAAACAAUAGUGUUUCUGCUUGGACUGGAUACCGUAGACAAUUGUAUUCAAUCAUACCUGAUCUUGACAAAUAUUUUCACACCUCAAACUAUGUUGAAUCUACAAGAACUUUUACAGGAAUAACAGGUGUAGGUGACUGUGUUGGGAUGGUUUCUCCUGGAGAUGAUUUUAAGCUUUAUGAUUGUGUUCAAGAACUUCCAUUCAUCUGUCAGACAUCUCAAACUACACAUCCAGAUGCUAUUGAAAAAAUGGGCAUUCCUGAUUAUGUUCAUCCAUUGGAUAAUGUAACAGAUACAUCUGUAGAACAUAAUGUUGGAUUCUCCAACCUUUCAGUCUGGCAAACAGAACUAGCACAACCAGCUCUAUUCAGAAAAUCUGUAAAUUCUUAUUUUGAAGAAUUUAACACCAAAAAUAUCUCUACUACAUACGGGUUCACCAUAACAAUGUGGAUCAGAUUAAGAACAAGUUCACCCUUAACAAUACCAAUUUGGGUCACAGGAAUCAAUAACUCAUUUUACAUGUAUUUCAGAAAUAAUCAGUUACAUAUUUGGAUGUGUGAGAAUAUAGCCUGCACUAAAACAGAGUAUAGAAAUUCUCAUGAACUAAUACAGCUUAAUGUUUGGACAUUUAUUGCAAUGACAUAUGACAAUGAGAAGGAAAUUGGGCAUCUUUUUAUUAAUGAGACAUAUGGAACUGGAGAUGCUGAAGGCUCACAUUUUACAUUUAAAACCAAUGGAUGGUUUAAAAAUUAUGCUGUUGGGAACACAAUGAUCAUUGGAGCUUCGCCCAAAGAUAAUUCUGGGUUUCUGGGAGAAAUGUCCUGUCUUCAAAUAUCCAACAAAUUCUUGUCUCCUGCUCAAGUAUAUCAACUUUCUAAAAUCUGCCAUGUUGACAUUAACUAUAAAAGAUCCAAACCAUGUCCACCUGGUUACAAACUGAUUCAUGAACAUUGUUAUAAGCUAUCACCUAAUCCACUAACUUACACGGAGGCUGAACUGAGUUGUCUGUCAGAUCCAAAUGAUCCCUAUGUGACACAGCUAAACAUUCCUGUAAAUUUUGAGAUAUUGGAAAUGCUCAGUCUUGAAGCUAAAAAAGCUGUUAAUACAAGCCAAAUUUGGACAGGACUAGAUUCAAUGUCAGAACAUCCUCCUGGAACUAAAUGGAUUGAUAGUAAUGGGGAAGAGUGGUCUAAUGUGCCUUGGGCAGAGGGUCAGCCUGAUUCAUCAGUUCACUGUGUAGUAAUUGACUCCACUUUAAACUAUAAAAUGAAAAGUGUAUCCUGUGAAGAAAAGCACUACUUCUUUUGUUCUACUCCAAAGAAUCCAAACUUUGUUUGCCCUGAAGAUCAUUUUAGUUACAAGGGCAAAUGCCUCUUUAAGAGUAAUGCGUCAAACUCUCUCUCUGAAGCUAAACACUCUUGUGCACAAAGAGGAGGAAUAGUUCUUCCCUUGAAAACCAAAGGAAUGUAUCUCUUGAUAAAGAAGUAUCUGAUCCAGGAGAACAGUGGAAGUAUAUUUAUUGGACUGAAUAUGACAGCUGGGGAAAAUAUGUUUACUGAUAAGUCCCUCUAUACACCUCAAUCCUAUGACUAUGAUGGUGAGAGUUCUAAACUUGUUGGACAUCCCUGCGCUUAUCUGAAAAAGGGUAUUUGGUUUCUACCAAGAGGAACUCCCUGUGAGAUACAGUUUGAGUUUAUCUGCUUAUGGACCCCACCAAACUGCCCAUCAGGAUUCAAGCUGUAUCCACAUGAAAAAGAUGGGCGUACUUGCUACUCAAAAUCAGAUGGAAAAGCAAGCUUUGCCAAUGAGCAGUGUGUAAGUAACUCUGAUGACCUUCAAAGAAAAGGCCUUCCUAAAGAUUUGAGCAAUAUACAAGAUGUGUUACAAUGGGACAGUCAAGCAUGGAUAGAUGGUGUUAGUAAAGAUGGUUUUGAAUGGAUAACUGAGAAUGAAAGAGUCAAUAAUUUUGCAGCUCCAUUGGAUGUUAUUGAUUAUUCAAAAGAACGCUCAUGGAAAUAUGCAGAAACAAAAGCAGGAUAUUUUGUGGAAAAUUCUGUGAGUCCAACAACCAGGCUCAAGUUUAAGCCAAGUAUUUGCAAAACAUCAAUUUCUGAAGUGUUCACUGUCAAGGGAGUCUUUACGUUAAAAAGGAUUGAUAGUAAUAAACCAUCAUUGAAAAUUACAGGCCCUUCAGGAACUAUUCCCCUUAAAUGGGUAUUUUAUAAGGGUGGACUGGAUUCUAAUGAUGCUGAUGAAACAAAUUCAUUUAUUUUGAGUGGUUUAAAUGGAACAACAGUGAUCUCUAAUCCUGAAGUAAUGCUCUCAGGUUUUAACCUUGGCACCAGCUUAAACUUCUCAAUUACAAUUUCUUGUGAUAUGACCGCAUUCACUGUGGCCUUCAAUGACAAGUGGACUGAAACAAUUGGAUAUAAUGCUACAAAUUUAAAUGAGUUUACUGAAAUUUCAAUUGCUGGAGCAGUCUCAGUCCAGAAAGCUGGGUAUGGGGGCAAGGGUUGUCUAUCCCUAUCACAAAAUGGAAGAAUUGUUCCUGAGUAUGGAGAUGGUUGCAAAAUGUCACUUCCAAGUAUUUGUGAGCAUCAGGCUUGUUACACAGUCGACGGGUUUCCUUGCAUUAUUCCUUUUACCUACAAAAAUGUUGAAUAUAAACAUUGCUCUUCUCAAGAUUUAUUCAAACCCUGGUGCCCUACAGGUUUUGAUUCAAGUGGAAACAUAAGUAUGUGGGGAUUCUGUCUUGAGGACUGUCCAUUUGAACCUCCUGCUCCAUCUUGCUUGAGUCCUCCUCCUGUGCCAUCCUUUGCAGCUUUUAAUAGUAAAGAAGUAAAUUUUGAGUCCAGUUGGUUUAACAUAGAAGCACAUGAAGGCCAAGUUUACAGAAUUUCAAAAACCCGAACUAGACUACAUAGACCAGAAUGGUUUUAUGACCCAGCAAAUGUCACUGAAGAAGUAGAAAUCUUUCUAACUAAUAACACUGGAGAAUUUACUGAUAUCUAUGAAAUAGUUCCAGAUGGUGUUGUGGUUAACUACACAUGUCCAUUAGGAUUUGUGUUUAAUGAUUCCUUCAGCAUCUAUUUUGAGGCAGAAUGUAGAAAUUGGACAUGGAUUUAUGAUUUUGAUUCCGCGUCAAGAUGCAUUCCUGUUGUAUGCGAUAAGGAAGUGCCUGAAAGUCCAAAUAAUACAGCACAAGCUGUACAUGAUGUUUCAAUUAGAAACAAAUCUGAUCCUGACUGGAAUAUAUAUUUGAGAAAGAUUAAGUAUUCCUGUCCAAAUGGACAUGUUCUUGAACACCCAAACAAAGACAAUGAACAGAUGAUUGAGACAAGCGAAUUUGAAGUUUUGUGUGAUGCUGACAGACAUUGGAGACCCCUCUUAGAUUAUAAUCCAUUUCCAAACACACCAGUCAUGCCAAAAUGCAUUCCAAUCAACUGCACUGCUCCUUUCAUUAUUCAAAAUAGUGUUCAAUCAACCAUGAAUUGGACUGAAAUUGUUGGCAAACCUCGACCUUAUAGUACUAUAAUUGUAUACGAGUGCACUAUGUCUGGUUGGGGAUACAUGCGUGAUGGACUUAAUAGAACAGUAUCAAGAUGUCUCAGCAAUGGAGAGUGGAAUGUUACAGAUGUUCCAUCCUGCAUUAAACUGCCAUGUCCUGAUCAGCCACCUCCAAUUUCUGAAGGCCCUGGUGCAUUGAGGCUUUAUCAUCCUGAUGUUACAAGAUACAAGUGCAAAAAUGGAUAUAUGUUCGAAAAUGGAAAUUUUCCAUUUUGGUAUAAUGAAUGUCUCCCUAAUAAGAAGUGGUCUAGUAGCACUCUGAUUCCUUGUAUGAAAAGACGAUGCACCCAACCACCUCCAUCUGCACCUUACAAAUAUGAACGGAUUUGGACGAACCGAGUUAAUGAAUUAGGGGAUGUGAUAGUUUAUAGGUGUCCACACGGUCAAUAUAUGGACAUACCACUACCUAGCGGUUAUCCAGCACUGGAUGGAAAGAGUUGGGGCAAAUACGGUGCUUUGCCUCAUCCACAAAGAGAUCAAGAGGUGACAUGUAUCUAG